UGAUAUCUAGUGGUAAUACUAGUGUUGUAUUGCGUGUAGAGUAUGUCAUAUGACUGUUAGUGUUGAGUAACUCGACUCCCACUCCAGUCUCGCAACAGUACAUCACUCGACACACAAUACACACAACACUACUCACUGGCAGUCACUGCAGGCAUCACUUCAUCACUUCUGUUUAAUUUAAAGCAAUUGAAAGCAAUUAAAGGCUUUUGCGAACAAAAUCUGAGAUAAUGUCAGUGGAAGUGAGCAAAGAAUCUGAACCCUUAGAAAUGGACGAAGAGGUGGCCGUUAAGGAGAAAUUGAAUCCAUCAGCGGAUCCGCAGCCGUCGAUCGUGAAGUACACGGCGGCCAACGAUAGCAAGAAUGGCGAAGCGGUGGUGGAUGUGGACAAUGGGCUGUCGGGUGCGGUCGGCAUGAGUAAGAAGGAGCUGUUGAAGUACGCCAACGACCCCUUUUGGGUCCGCCUUCGCAUGUCUUUGUUUGUCAUGUUUUGGGUCGUUUGG